AUGAACGAACUCAGAAAACUGAAGCGUGGGAUCAGCACCAAGCGAAGCGACCCUGUCAUCGUCCAACAAGCCCAAAUUCCCUUUGAUGAGUGGGAGGAGCAACAACGGUAUUGGCCUUCACCCCCUUCGCCGCGAGCGCCACCGGUGAGCCCCACGGGGUCACCGCGGACCCCAGGCGGGAGCCAGAAGAAGCCGGUGUUGGGCAAGGUGAAGAGCAAGGCUAAGAAGUGGAUGCAUCUGCUGCACCACAAGAAGAAGCUCCCCGCGCACGAGGAGAUGAUGAUGUGGACGCCACGUAUUGGUCCUGGCUUGGACGAUGGCUACAGCAGGGGGGAACUACACGAUGCUGAUGAGCACCUUGGGACACCAAGCACAGCUCUCCACCCAACUUCAUUUGCUGAGUCGGCACACGAACCUGAGGUGUACAUGGAAGUCCCAUCAAGGCAGAACACGCCAGCCCCGAGCCCCAACGCGCGCCAGGAACAGCCAUUCUUCAAGGUCAGCAGCCGGUUCGAGUCAGAAAUGAAGGAAGCCAACGAAAUGCUGAUGGAAUCGAAGCAGCUCCGUGUCAGAACGUCCAAGCAGAAGACUGUGACGUUCGCACCGAUACUAGAAUAUGGGCCAGAGAUCGAAAACAAAGGCCGAAUCGUCGACAAAGAACUCCCUGAAUCAACAACCGGAGUAUUCAGAAAGUCAUGCACUACAGUAUACCAGGCUGGCCUAAAGAUGGUUUCUAGAAUCCAAGAUACAAUGGUAGCAUACAACAUCGACAGAAGUCGCGCGGUAGAGAAAAUAGUAUCAGUCAAUAGAUACCUUAUGCUGAAGCUGGAGCCUGGAGAAGACGACGAAGCGCUUGCGGAAGGCAUCACCGAGGCUGUCCUAAAUCUGUUGGAAGCCUGGAGCGAGAAUGUCGAAAGGCCUUUGAUGCAGAGGUCAAAGGAGAUCUCUUCCUGGUUCCUGCAUGGAGGGAGAGAAGAAUCACCUCCUGUCCCAGUGUCUACACAUCCUUGUCCAAACGAAGGUAAUCUUCACCAGGUGUGCAAGGGUGGCUCCUGUCUGCACAACAUUAUUAUUUGA